AUGAAUAUCAAGACGGACCACAAUUUGUCUGAGGAUUGUGUUGAUGCUAUUGCUGAUCUUGUGAAAGAUCUAUUGCCAGAAGACAAUCUAGCACCAGCCUCAUAUUAUGCGAUUGAGAAGCUUGUUUCUGGUUUAGGUUUGCCAUAUCAGAUGAUCGACGUUUGCAUUGACAAUUGUAUGAUUUAUUGGAAAUCAACUGCUGACUACUUGGAAUGUCGAUUUUGUGGAAAACCUAGAUUUCAGAAUAAUGGUGGAAGGGUAAGAGUGCCGUUUAAACGUAUGUGGUAUUUGCCAUUAUCAGAUAGGCUGAAAAGGUUAUAUCUGUCAAAGCGCACAGCAGGGCCUAUGAGAUGGCAUCAAGAACAUUCCAACGAGGGAGAAAUAGCGCAUCCGUCAGACGCUGAGGCAUGGAAACAUUUUCAAACAGUUUAUCCAUUGUUUGCAUCUGAGAGCAGGAAUGUAGAUGUUGGUCUAUGUACGGAUAGUUUCAAUCCAUUUGGGAAGCAUGGGAGAAAAUAUUCUUUGUGGCCAAUCAUUGUCACUCCUUACAAUUUGCCUCCAUCACUAUGCAUGAAGCGAGAGUUUCUAUUCCUAACGGUACUUGUACCUGGUCCUGAACACCCAAAGCGGUCUCUUGAUGUGUUUUUACAGCCUUUAAUUCAUGAAUUGCAAGAUCUUUGGGAGCAUGGGGUUCAAGCCUAUGAUGUGUCACGCCAACAAAAUUUUACAAUGCGUGCAGUUCUAAUGUGGACCAUUGGGGAUUUUCCAGCGUAUAGAAUGUUAUCUGGAUGGACAACGCAUGGAAGGUUAUCAUGUCCAUAUUGUCAGGACAAUACAGAUGCUUUCCAAUUGGAAAAUGGACGGAAGACUUGUUGGUUUGACUGUCAUAGGCGCUUCCUACCAAUCUCGCAUCUUUAUCGCCGGAACAGGAGGUUAUUUAUGAAAAAUAGAGUUGUUCUCGAACCUCCUCCGCCUGAGAUUGAUGGUAAUCAGUUAUGGAAGCAAUUUCGAUAUUUUGAUGUUGAUACAACAACAGAAUGUGGGGGUAAUGGACAUGUCAUGGUGGGCGGUUAUGGAGAAUUCCAUAAUUGGCACAAAAAGAGUAUUUUCUGGAAUUUACCAUAUUGGAAGGAUCUUUUGUUGAGACAUAAUCUUGAUGUAAUGCAUAUUGAGAAGAACUUCUUUGACAACAUCAUGAAUACUGUCCUAAACGUCCCGGGGAAAACGAAAGACAAUUUAAAGUCAAGGUUAGAUUUACCACAUUUAUGUGCCCGUGAAGCUCUACAUGUAUUAGAAAAUGGAAAUGCUCCAACCCGAGUUUCAGAUUAG